GUCCCCCAGCUGUCAUUAACGAAAGAGCUGGGGAGAGAAGCCCUACUGAAGCAGAUUUCAGGAACUUGACUCAAAGAGUGGAGAGGAGAGACCAAGGAGGCCCGCACAUCUGCCCAGGCUCAGCAUGGGGAAACUGAGGCUUGGAACUGUGAAGUAAUUUGUCCAAGGCCACAAAGUUGGUGAGCACCAGCUGGCACUAUGGCAGGGCUGGGAGCCUGCGGCCUGACCCAAGCAGCCUUGAUCAUCCUGUUCCUCCCCAGAAGCUUAGGGAAGUGUGGACGUAUCAACAUCUCAGCCCCCAUCGUGUGCUUGGGGGACCCUGUCACAGCCUCCUGCACCAUCAGCCAGAGCUGCAUCUACCUGGAGCCAGAGCCACAGAUCCUCUGGAAGCUGGGAGCAGAGCUGCUGCAGCCCAGGGGAUGGCAGCAGACCCAGCCCGAUGGGUCCCAGGAAUCGGUCAUCACCCUGCCGCACCUCAACAGCACACACACCUUUCUCCUCUGCUACCUCAACUGGACCAAUAGCCUGCAACUCCUGGACCAAGUUGAGUUGUGGGCAGGCUAUCCUCCAGCUGUGCCCUACAACCUGUCCUGCCUCAUGAACCUCACGAGCAGCAGCCUCAUCUGCCAGUGGGAGCCAGGCCCCGACACCCACCUGCCCACCAACUUCACCCUGAAGAGCUUCAAGAGCCGGAGCGACUGUCAGACCAUGGAGGACACCACCAAGGACUGUGUGCCUGCACGCGGGCAGAGCUACUGCUCCAUCCCUCGCAAACACCUGCUCUUGUACCAGAAUAUGGUCAUCUGGGUGCAGGCAGAGAACGCACUGGGGACCAGCCUGUCCCCACGGCUGUGCCUCGAUCCCAUGGACGUUGUAAAACUGGAGCCCCCCACACUGUUGGCCCUGGACCCCAACCCUGAGGUGGCCCUACCCCAGCCAGGCUGCCUGUGGUUGCGCUGGGAACCAUGGAAGCUCAGCCUCUACAUGGACCAGAAGUGUGAGCUGCGCUACCGGCCACAACUGGGAGAAGCCAGCUGGGCAGAGGUGGGCCCCCUGCCCUCCAGCAAUGUCCGCUAUGAGCUCUGCGGGCUCCAUCCAGCCACAGCCUACGCCCUGCAGAUGCGCUGCAUCCGCUCGCUGCUGCCCGGCCACUGGAGCAGCUGGAGCCCUAGCCUGGAGAUGCAGACCACCCAAAGGGUCCCCAUCAUCAGACUGGAUACAUGGUGGCGGCAGAGGCAGCUGGACCCCAAGACCAUGGGUGUGCAGCUGUUCUGGAAGCCCACACCCCUGGAGGAGGACAGCGGACAGAUCCUAGGGUACCUGCUCUCCUGGAGCCCUGUAGGCCGCAACAAGCCGGUCCUGCCCCUCUGCAACACCACAGAGCUGAGCUGCACCUUCCGCCUGCCUUCAGAGGCUGGGGAGCUGACCCUCCUGGCCUACAACAGAGCUGGAACCUCUCAGCCCACCCCUGUGGUCUUCCAGGAGAACAAAGGCCCAGCAUUAGCCAGGCUCCACGGCAUGGCCCGAGACCCUCAGAGCCUCUGGGUGGGCUGGGAGCUGCCCAGCCCUGUCCCUCGUGGUUAUGUGAUCGAGUGGGACCUGAGCCCCCCCAGCUCCAACGGCAGCAACAUGACUUGGAGGCUGGAACCCAACGGAAAUACCACAGAAAUUCUGCUGCAGGACAACAUCAGGCCCUUUCAGCUCUACGAGAUCACUGUGACACCCCUGUACCAGGACACCAUGGGGCCCCCCAAGAACAUCUAUGUCUACUCCCAAGAAAUGGGCCCUCCCCGUGCCCCAGUGCUUCAUCUAAAGCACAUUGGUAAGACCUGGGCUCAGCUGGAGUGGGUCCCCGAGCCUGCUGAGCUGGGGAAGAGCUCUCUUACCUCCUACACCAUCUUCUGGACCAACACACGGGACCAGUCCUUCUCCACCAUCCUGAAUGCCUCCUCCCAUGGCUUCGUCCUGCACAGCCUGAAGCCCUCUAGUCUGUACCAUGUCCAUCUCAUGGCCACCAGCUUGGCUGGGGCCACCAACAGUACAAGCCUCACCCUGGUAACCUUGGCCAUAGGAGAGCCUGAGCUACACAUCUUCCUAGGUGUGUUUGGCAUCUUGGUUUUGACCUUCCUCUGUGGUGCUGCCUGGCUCUGCUGCAGUCCCCGCCGGAAGAAUGCACUGUGGCCGAAUGUGCCAGACCCAGCCCACAGCAGCCUGGGCUCCUGGGUGUCCACCGUCACGGCAGAGGAGACCUUCCAGCUGCCCAGCCUUCAGGACCCCAUCCUGACAUCCAUCACCAAGAUCACCGUGUUGGAAGAGGAAGAGAAGCAGCAGCCAGGGUCCUGGGAGUCCAGUGACAGUUCGGAGAGCUGUAGCCUCCCCACUCUCGUCCAAGCCUAUGUGCUCCAGGGAGACCUGAGAGCAGCUCCCACCCAGUCCCAGCCACAGCCUGGGGCCAGUGACCAAGUCUUUUAUGGGCAGGUUCUUGGCAGUCCCACCACUCCAGGGCUAGGGCACUAUAUGCGCUGUGACUCUACACAGCCCCUCUUAGGAGAUUUCACCCCCAGUCCCAAGUCUUACAAGAAUCUUUGGUUCCAAAGUAGCCCCAUGAGGUCACCAGUGUCUCCACCCCCAAACCAGGACGAUGACUGUGUCUUUGGGCCCCUGCUUAACUUCCCCCUCCUGCAAGGGCUCCGUGUCCAUGGAGUGGAGGGGAUAGGUGGCUUCUAGGGUUUCCUCAGUCUUCCUACCUGGGCCUGCCUCUUGAUAGGCCAGGAUUAUCCAGAGGAAAGGAGGAGCCAGUAAGCCCAUUACUAAAAGCUACCCAGGCCCAGGAAAGCAGAGAAGCUCCCAGUCUUUCCCAGUCCCUGGUUUCCAGCACCUUUUUCCCUCUCAGUCUCCAUAGAUUGGGCCUCCCUGGCCGCCUGUAUAACUUAAGAGACAGGAAAAGCUCUGUCCAGCCCCACCUACUGGCCUUUUGUGUUUGUUCCCUAUAGUAAUUUCAGUCUCAUAAACUGAUUUUUUUGCCACUGUGUUUUUCACUGUUUUUGUUUUGUUGGUGGUUUUUGUUUUGGUUUGGUUUUGCUCUUUUAAUUUCAUCCUUUUUUAAGUUUUAACGUAUCUGGUGUUUUGGGAUUGUACAUCUAUAAAAGACAAAUGGAUAAAACAUACUAGACAACCUGAAAAGAUCGAUCUAAGUAUCUGAUUCAUGUCAGGCAUGAUGGGACACACCUGUAAUCCCAGCACUCAAGAGGCUGAGACAGGAGAAUCACUGCAACUUCAAGACC